GACAACUACCACGGCUACCCUCCCUCCGAUGCAUCUCGAUCUUCACGGGCGACUAGUUAGACGAGGGUGGUGCUUUGUCGACAAUCGGCCGGAGCGGUCAGCAGUGACUCAAAACUUCCUUAUCUCUCAGCCUUGGCACGAGCCAUUGAGAAAACCUUCAUCACCCGGAGCUUCGCCAGUCAUUUUUCGUCCUUUUUCCCUCUCCCAUCCUCUGCCAUUUCGCUGGAAGUGGCAUGUCCCACUGAUCCCUCGCUGAGCGCAUUCGUCUCCAUGGUGUUUGCUCCAACCAUCUUCACUUCGCAAGACUACAUCAGUGACCACUUGUGGAAAGCCUGCGGGUGCUGAAACUGCAGUCCGCCAUGGCCGCCGCUGUCAGUGGGCGAUUCGCCCGCCAGCUGCACCACGACCUCUUCCACUCCUCCAUCAAGCAAAAUGCUCCCCGCAUAGCUCGACGAACCCUUACCACCAAGCCUGUUGCACGCUGCACAGCCAAACAGCCAGCUGCGAAGCACGCGCAGACUCAGGUCCGCAGCUUUGCCCGCUCCGCCAAACGCGCUGCCAGCAAGGCCGACGUGGCACCCAAUGCCAAAGCAUACCUCGAGAGCGGCGCUAUCGCCGGCGGACAAGACCUCGUCGAUGUUAACAAAGUCCUCGUCAUCGGCUCUGGAGGUCUCUCCAUUGGCCAGGCCGGCGAGUUCGACUACUCCGGCUCGCAAGCUCUCAAAGCUCUCAAAGAAGCCGGCAUCAAGUCCGUGCUCAUCAACCCCAACAUCGCUACCAUCCAGACCUCCCACGUGCUCGCCGACGAGGUCUACUACCUCCCAGUCACACCCGAAUAUGUCACCUACGUGAUCGAGAAAGAGAGGCCAGAUGGCAUUUUCCUGUCCUUUGGUGGUCAGACCGCCCUCAAUUUGGGUGUGAAGAUGGAUGAGAUGGGAAUCUUCGAGAGAUACGGCGUCAAGGUGCUCGGCACAAGCGUGCAGACGCUGAAGACUUCCGAGGAUCGUGACUUGUUCGCGAAGGCCCUCAAGGAAAUCAACAUCCCCAUUGCCGAGAGUAUUGCCGUCGAGACUGUCGAGGAUGCUCUCAAGGCUGCUGAGGAAGUCGGAUACCCCAUCAUUGUGCGAGCUGCUUUCGCACUUGGUGGUCUCGGUUCAGGUUUCGCCGACAACCCAGAAGAGCUUCGAAACAUGGCUGCUCGCUCUCUGACUCUGUCUCCUCAGAUCUUGGUUGAGAAAUCUCUCAAGGGCUGGAAAGAGGCUGAGUACGAGGUCGUGCGAGACGCUUCGGACAACUGUAUCACGGUCUGCAACAUGGAGAACUUCGACCCUCUGGGGGUGCACACUGGUGACUCCAUCGUCGUCUCGCCUUCUCAAACGCUGAGCGAUGAGGAGUACCACAUGCUGCGAACUGCUGCUAUCAAGAUCAUUCGUCACUUGGGUGUGGUUGGAGAAUGUAACGUUCAGUACGCUCUCCAGCCCGAUGGACUCGACUACAGGGUCAUCGAGGUCAACGCCCGUCUCUCUCGUUCCUCUGCUCUCGCUUCCAAGGCUACUGGGUACCCUCUGGCAUACACUGCUGCGAAGAUCGGUCUCGGUCACACUCUGCCUGAACUGCCCAAUGCCGUCACUCGCACCACCACUGCCAACUUCGAACCUUCGCUGGAUUACAUCGUUACCAAGAUUCCUCGCUGGGAUUUGGUCAAGUUUCAGAAUGUCAACCGCAACAUUGGCUCUUCCAUGAAGUCUAUCGGUGAGGUCAUGGCUAUCGGUCGUACCUUUGAGGAAUCUUUCCAAAAGGCUAUUCGUCAAGUCGAUCCCAAGUUCGAUGGUCUCCAGGGUGACAAGUUCGAGGAUCUGGAUGAAGUGCUCAAGAACCCCACCGAUCGCCGCUGGCUCGCUGUUGGUCAAGCUAUGCUCCACGAGGGUUACUCUGUCGACAAGGUGCACGAUCUCAGCAAGAUUGACAAGUGGUUCCUGUACAAGAUUCAAAACAUCGUCGACACCACCAAGGAACUCGAAGCCAUCGGAUCUCUCUUCGGCGUCAAGAAGGAACUCAUGCUCAAGGCUAAGAAGCAAGGUUUCAGCGACAAGCAGAUCGCUCGCGCUGUCAACUCUACUGAAGACGAAGUUCGUGCCCGCCGCAAGAACUUUGGCCUCAAGCCUUGGGUUAAGCGAAUUGAUACUCUGGCUGCUGAAUUCCCGGCUGACACUAACUACCUCUACACGACUUACAAUGCUUCCAGCCACGAUGUAACUUUCGACGACAAGGGAAUUAUCGUUCUUGGAUCUGGUGUUUACCGUAUUGGAAGCUCGGUUGAGUUCGAUUGGUGUGCUGUGAACGCUACGCUCUCGCUAAAGGAGCAGGGCAAGAGGACGAUUAUGAUUAACGUGAGUACACUAUUUCGUUUUCUACUCGUCGUCGCUAGAUGGUUGUCUCAUCUCCGAUUCGUCGUGUUUCCACUUCGCAUUUGUGCCUGGUGGCGACAUGGUGAGCAGAAAAACACUUCUGUCCUCGGAGAAAGGCAUUCCUUCUGGCGACCGAGUAUCCAGUCCAUCCUCAGUUGACACCCCACCCCCAAAUCCCUCACUUAGCCCAUAACCCACUGUGCACGCUGUCUCCGACGUCUCUCCCGCCACCUGCCGGAAUAUUUGCUCGGAGCACCUGCCAGACGUGACUUCGCUCACUGGAUGAACUGGACCAUGGACCAAGGCGCACUUUCCGCGACGUGCCUUCCCUCACUAGGUUUCUGCCUGGAGCACCUUCCACAACAUGGCAGGAAGGUGGUGGGUGGUCCUGUACCUCCACCC